AAGCCCGUGUGCCCGUACUUUGUCAAGGGAAACUGCAAGUUCGGCGCCAAGUGCGCGCUGCUGCAUCCAAAGGCCAAGAAGACCAGCAGCGGUGCGGCCGGCAACAGCGGCAGCGGCGGCAAUGCCAGCAGCUCGAACGCCGGCUCCACGCCCAGCAGCAGUGCCGUUGCCAGCCGGUCCAGUUCCUCUGCGGUGAGCCGCUCCAGUUCGACCGCCCGCCGUGCUGCCAGCACGCAUUCCAGUAGUUCUAGCGUCAGUAGCGUAAACGUGGGCAUCGCUCUCAGUGUCCGCGGUCGCCCGGUGAAGACGAUCAAGGUGAAGACGGCGGCGGCAGCAGCAGCAGCAGACGGUAGUGCUGAGAAGAGCGGGUCGACGACGACAACGGUGUCGACAACGGCGUCGAGUGCUAACGUUAAUGUCAAUGGCAAUGGCACCGUCAAUGUCAAUGUCCCUCCUGCCGCUGCAGCUGCAGCUGCGCCCGUCAUCGCCCCGGCUCUCUCCGUUUCACCUCCUACGACGCCUGUCAAGACCACAGCGUCUGCUGUUGCAGCAGACGCUGUGGAUGAUGCUCCAUUUACGCCCUCUGCUGGUCCCGGUGCAACCGCCGCCGCAGCCCUUCAGUCUACCCCCCUCGUCCGUUCCCCCGCCAGUUUCUGCGUCAAAGAAGACGACUUCAUCUUUCCCCCCGACGAGGAGAUCACCUUCUCCGACUCAGACGAGCAGCCCUCGUUCUUCUCUUCCGGCCAGCCCGCCCUCGACUACUUUGCCUCGUCCAUUGACACAUCGACGCUCAGUAACAGCUACAUGGCUACGACUCCCACCCUCGUCCGGCCCUUCUCCCGCUUCACGCCCACGCUCGCCAGUCCCUGCACCUCUCUCAUGCUCUCCGAACAGCCCUUCUCGCCUCCUCCCUUCAAACUCUCUUCCUGGACCGUCGGCAACGAUGCUCCCGUCGACGUCUGCGAAGAAGAGUAUCUCCCCAGCAGUCUGCAAGACCUGCUCACAACCGAGGAGCGCACCCGUCGUGAGCUCUGUCGUCGCAAGCAUUCCCUCAACACCCCGUGUCUCUUUUGCGCUUCGAAUCCAAAUCUGAUGUCGCGAAAGUCGCUGGGACUGGGGUGUCCUCAUGCGAGACCGUUUAUGCGUGGGUUGUAAGGUAGCGAGUGGGCGACGAGGUAGGGAAUGAAUGCUGAGAGUGAAGUCUGUUUCUUUUUUUCUCUUUCUCAGUCUCAGUCUCUCUCUCACUCCCUCCCUCUCACUCUCCCCCUUUGGUAAAAAUGUUCCUGCUGUGUGUAAAGUCAAGCGUCGACGUGAGCCGACAUUGGGACAGUAAAAUCUCUUGGAUGUGUGUGGACGACGACAUACUCUUUCUCUCUCUCUCUCUCUCUCUCUCAUCAUGACUUGUUUCUGCUACUCACUGUUCUUUGCUGUUCUAUCCACUGCAUCACUUUUUUAUUACUACUACUACUACUACUACUACUGCCCACUGCAUCCGCCGUCCUUGCUUGCGCAGAAAUGAUGGCACGCAGAAACCAUUUCCUGCCCAUCCCCCUCUUAAAACAAAAUCACGGAGCGGCCCUUGUCCGUCUCCCCUAUUUAUAUGCCAAGGCAUUGUCCAACCUUUUUGUCUUCUUGGACUUUUCAUUGAAAACAUGAUGAUUGUUAUGUCAUCGAACCUAUAUUAUAAACAAACAUUGCUAAUUUUGUGGACUUAAUUAUUAUUAUUAUUUUAUUAAAACUUUUUUUUUAUUAAUAUAUUCAUUAUUCAUCAA